AUGGCAGGCCAGCGCCCAAGCCGGGCCCCGAGGCCCGGCAGCUUUGGGUCGGGCUCCAGGGGCGUGCGCGUGCGCGUGCGCGUCACCGACUCCGUCCCCGUGGCCCCGCCCCGGGGCGGGGCUCGCCGGGCCGACGCUGACUCAGCAACGCGAGGGGGCAAGUUUUGUCCCUCCGCGGACCCCGUUCCCGUCGCCAUCCGCGUCCCCGCCGCCACGAGCCGGCUUCCUCCUUCCGGCGCUCCGGGAGAGACAGGCUGGUCGGGCCGCGCAGGCAGCGAUCCGCAGUGCGACCCCGGCGCUUGCCCGACGACCCCGAACUACCGUUAUUUUGCGAGACGGAAGGGCGCCAUGAACCCCGCGGGACUGAAUUCGGAGAAGGUCACUGCUUUGAUUCACAAACUGAAUUCCGACCCUCAGUUCGUACUUGCCCAGAAUGUCGGGACCACCCACGACCUGCUGGACAUCUGUCUGAAGAGGGCCACGGUCCAGGGGGCUCAGCAUGUGUUCCAGCACGUCGUGCCGCAGGAAGGCAAGCCAGUCACCAACCAGAAGAGCUCAGGGCGAUGCUGGAUCUUUUCUUGUCUGAAUGUUAUGAGACUUCCAUUCAUGAAAAAAUUAAAUAUUGAAGAAUUUGAGUUUAGUCAAUCUUAUCUAUUUUUCUGGGACAAGGUUGAACGCUGUUAUUUCUUCUUGCAUGCGUUUGUGGACACAGCCCAGAAAAAGGAACCUGAGGAUGGAAGGCUGGUGCAGUAUUUGCUUAUGAAUCCUGCGAAUGAUGGUGGACAAUGGGAUAUGCUUGUCAAUAUUGUUGAAAAAUAUGGUGUUGUUCCCAAGAAAUGUUUUCCUGAAUCUUACACAACAGAGGCAACCAGAAGGAUGAAUGAUAUUCUGAAUCAUAAGAUGAGAGAAUUCUGUAUACGACUUCGGAACCUGGUACAUAGUGGAGCGACCAAAGGAGAAAUCUCAGCCACACAGGACACCAUGAUGGAGGAGAUAUUCCGAGUGGUGUGUAUUUGUUUGGGUAAUCCUCCAGAGACAUUCACCUGGGAGUAUCGAGACAAGGAUAAGAAUUAUCAGAAGAUUGGCCCCAUAACACCCUUGGAGUUUUACAGAGAGCACGUCAAGCCGCUCUUCAAUAUGGAGGACAAGAUUUGUUUAGUGAAUGACCCCCGGCCCCAGCACAAGUACAACAGACUUUACACCGUAGACUACUUAAGCAAUAUGGUCGGAGGGAGAAAAACGCUGUAUAACAACCAGCCUGUUGACUUCUUGAAAAAAAUGGUUGCUGCCUCCAUCAAAGAUGGAGAGGCUGUGUGGUUUGGCUGCGAUGUUGGAAAACACUUCAAUGGCAAGCUGGGCCUCAGUGACAUGAAUGUCUACGACCACGAAUUAGUGUUUGGGGUCUCCUUGAAGAACAUGAGCAAAGCUGAGAGGCUGACCUUUGGCGAGUCCCUCAUGACCCACGCCAUGACCUUCACGGCUUUCUCCGAAAAGGAUGAACAGGAUGGCGCGUUCUCGAAAUGGCGAGUGGAGAAUUCCUGGGGUGAAGACCAUGGCCACAAAGGUUGGCGCAACAGAGCUUAA